CGCGGCUACGUCUCAGAUGGUCCAUCUGUAGAGCCUAAUUUUCAAAAUUUGUUCGAGCUUAUCAGCUGGAAACUGGCGAAUGACACGGGUGGUGUCUUGCUACAAGAGCUGAAUCGAAGCGGGAUUGUCCGCAUAGACUUUUGAUUUUACGUAUCCCCACAGGAAAAAGUCUAACGGUGUGAUAUCAUCGGAUAUUGGUGGCCGGACCGGCCCAAAUAAAUCAUUAAUUAAUGCGAUAUGUGAGAAGUAGCGUCGUUUUGUUGAAACUAAAUGAGCUUCAAUUUCAGGCAUCUAAUUGUCGAUUAUCAUGGUGCUUUAACGGUCGCCAAUAAUGGUUACGUCCUCAACUACAUGAUUUUUGAUUCCACCGGCCCAUAAACCACACCAAACCGUUGUUUUUUCUGAAUGAAAUGGCAGUUCUUGAAUUUCUUUAGGUUGCUCUUUGUUCUAAAUGUAGCAAUGUUGUUUGUGUAUUUACACGCUGAGCCAGAAAUGUGCCUCAUCGCUGAACAAAAUUUGGCUCGAAAACGUAGGAUAUUCUUGAAACUUUUUAAAAGCCCAUAGAGCGAAACGAUGUCGUUUGGGAAGGUCGAGCGGCUUCAGUUCUUGCACAAGCUGUAUUUUGUACACUUUCAAUUUACGAUCUCGACGUAAAAUGCGCAAAAUCGUUCCAUACAUCAGUCCGAGUUGCUGCGAACGACGCCGAAUCGACUCUCCAAGGUCUUCAUGUACACUCUCAGCUACGGCUGCUAUAUACAAGUAUUCUUCCCUUCAUACUGGACGUGGUCUAUUCGAUCGAAUAUUAUCGAAUAUUGAUUGCUGGGAAUAUGACCGAUUAAGUUGAGCAAAGCGUGAAUUUCCGUAAGAAAGUUGAACAAUUUAUAACCGUUGUUCAGGUGUAAGUCUUCCCAUUAUGAAAUGCUAAGCAAUACGGUACAAAAUUAACAUGACAUCUUGACACGAUUCAUGCGUGUGUGUCAAAAAAGCCUAUUGUAAAAAGUGCCUCUACUUGGAUCACCAGUUGAAAUAAUUUUACAAUAUUAUUAGAAAAAUACUCAAAUAUGGCCGCGAACACCUAAAAAGUCUUUUCUUAUAUUUUUGUUGAAUGUUACUAAUUUAAUACUUUAGUGAAACAAGAAACAAGUAUUGAUAUAUAAAUAUAUGAUAUGAUAUAAUAUAUCCAGAUGUCGCGUAUGAUAUUCUAGAGCAGUGUUUUUCAAUCUUUUUGAUUUCGCGACCCCUUUACAGGUUGAAAUAUUCUGGCGACCCCCUGUGUCAUAGUAAGUCAAAGAAAUAAUUUAAUUUUAAUGAAAAGACUACAGACGUUGUGUAAUAAGUUUUUCCUAUUUUGGCAAAUUUAUCUAUUGGGUUGUCAAAAAAGUCUUGCGGUAUUUUCGCGAGUUGGCGCUGAAAGCGCGUAGUUCUAGUUUUAUUCGUCGCAAUGGAUCAUGCUAUACCUAUUUGGAAAGCUCAUUUCACGCGCUAACAUGUGUUUGAUUGAUUGUCGUUUCUUUUAAGUCCUUCGUGAGUUAUAGCGUCGCAAACAUGGGGAAAAAUAAAGAGAAAAUACGGCAUAUUUUACAGUACUACUACGAUAAAGGCAAAAAUGCAUCUCAAGCCGCCAAUAAAAUAUGUGCAGUUUAUGGACCCGAUACAGUUUCCAUUUCCACCGCACAACAAUGGUUUCAACGUUUUCGUUCUGGUGUAGAGGUGGUCGAAGAUGCGCCACGCUCCGGAAGGCCUGUCGUCGAAAAUGGCGAUAAAAUAGCUGAAUUGGUCGAAAGAGACCGGCAUAGUAGUCAUCAAACCGUUAUAAACCCUUUGAAGAAGCUUGGAGUCACUAAGAAGCGCGAUGUAUGGGUGCCACACGAAUUGAUUCAAUAAAAAUACCGCAAGACUUUUUGACAACCCAAUAUUAUUCGCGCGGGUCAUACGACGUCGGCGACGGUGACGUGAGAGUAUGAAACCGUCAAAGCUUAUGCGGCAUCUCACAACCAAGCAUCAAAAAGAAGCUGAUAAGCCGUUGGAUUUCUUUGAACGAAAGUUGAAAGCUCUUAGUCAGCAGCAAAAUACUAUAAUUCAGGUAAGUAAGAAAAUAAUGAAAAAAGCGCGGGGUGCACUAUAAAUCAGCUCUUAAAAAGCGCCCCACCCUUUUUUCAUUGGUGUUUAUUUCUUUGUUAUUUGCAUACAACUUUUGAUUAUACUUAAUUUCGGUGUGCAAAGAUUCCGCGUCCUUAAUUUUUAUUGACUGUUCACUUGUAUAUUGUUUGGUUUAUUUUCAGGCAUCCAGUGUGAACGAGUCAACAUUAUUAGCUAGCUACAUAGUCGCAUAUCGACUAACCACAUACAAUUGCCGAAAAUCUUAUUUUGCCAGUGGCACUCGAUAUGGUUGAAAUUAUGGUCAGUAAGCAGGAGGCAAACAAAUUAAGAAAAAUACCACUUUCUGACAAUACUAUUUCACGCAGAAUAUACGAUAUGGCCAAGGAUAUUCAAGUAGUCGAUAAAUUAAAGAAUAGCCAACAUUUUGCUUUGCAGUUCGAUGAAUCUACAGAUGUUUCCGACUGUGCACAGUUUGUAGUGUUUGUGCGUUUUGAGGCAGAUGACAGUAUUACGGAAGAAAUCUUAUUUUGCAAAGCACUUCCUGCAAACACUACUGGCCAGUGUUUGUACGAUAUGGUUUUAGAAAGCACUUGCGACUACGAUAUUGAUUGGAAAAAAUGUAUCGCUAUUUGUAGCGAUGGCGCUAAAGCUAUGACUGGCAAAAAUAGCGGGCUCAUUGCAAAAUUAAAAUCGAUAAUACCAAACAUAUCCUGGACACACUGUUUUCUUCAUCGACAAGCUCUAGCUGCUAAGGUAGUACCUUCUGAUUUAAAUGACGUGCCCAAGGAGGUAAUAAAAAUUGUGAAUUCUAUCAAAGGUAAAGCUUUGCAAACCCGGCUAUUCAGAAUCGUUUGUGAAGAUAUGGGCUCGCUUCAUCAAAAUCUCCUUUAUCACACAGAGGUCAGGUGGCUAUCCAAAGGAAAGGUAUUGACAAGAGACCUGGAACUGAGAGCUGAAUUGUUAAUGUUCUUACAAAAUGCAAAAUCAGAAUAUGCUUACCGUUUUUCUGACCCUAUUUGGCUCUUGAAAUUAGCAUUUUUGGCAGAUAGUUUUAGCCACCUUAACAAUUUGAACAAGAACCUUCAAGGAAGAGAAGAAAAUAUUUUAACAGCUAAAGAUAAAGUAAAAGCAUUUCAUGCAAAACUUCGUUUGUGGUCGACUUCUCUGCAAAACAAAAUGUUUGAGUCUUUUCCGUGUGUUCAGAAGAUUGUUGAAGAUAAUGCAUCAGCCCAAAGUUUUGCAGUAUCGGCUCAUAUCCCUUGCAUGACACAAAGCUUGCAUAAUUUACAAGAGAAACUUUUGACAUACUUUCCAGACUUGCACUCUGAAGCUGACAAUGGGCGUAGAUGGAUCUUAAACCCUUUUUUUGAACAAAUCAAUAGAUCUGGCUGAUGUCGACACGAAAUGAAAGAAUGUCUUCUAGAAUUAGCUGCUAAUGGCAUGCUUAAAAUGGAAUUUUAUUCGCAAAGUGUCGACGUAUUUUGGAUGAAAAGAAAACACGAAUAUCCAGAGCUGGCAAGGGAAGCUCUUAAAUUAUUAGUGCCAUUCGCCACUUCAUACUUGUGUGAACUGACAUUUUCUUCAAUGGUAGACAAAAACUAAAAAGAGUAAUAGACUGCAAUUAGAAAAUGAUUUAAUUAUUAAUGUUUCAAAAAUAACACCACAAUUUGAUAAACUAAUGAAAAAUAAACAAGCACAUCUUUCUCAUUAAAAUUGUGUUUUUGUUGUGCAAGAACCUCGACUUUUUCUUUCAGCUGGCGACCCCCCGAGUAAGGGUUCACGACCCCCUUAGGGGUCGCGACCCACAGAUUGAAAAACACUGCUCUAGACAAUAAUACGAGUAUACUUCUCUAAGAUUCUCUAUGCUUCUACUAUGUAUUAUGCUGGCUAGAUGCACUGGCAUGCUGCUCAAAAAUGUUUUUAAUGUCAUUGCCUCGUUUAUUGCCGGAGAAAACUCUUUUGGUUUUCCCGGGUCUUGAUAGUAUUUAUUGUUUAACUUAUCUAAUAUAUUUUUAAGAUAAUAACAUGAUUGGCUUACAUUAUAAUUUCUUACGUUCAGCGCCUUGUGGCACAGUUGAUGAUACGAUUCGCGAACUCCAAAAUUCCUCAGGAGUUCUUGUUUUACUUCUGUCCAGCUUGAAUUGUCGAGUUCUCUAAUUGUGUUAGCUGCUUCUUCUUGAAUUUUUUUUUGGACGUGCCGCUUAUAGGAAUACUCCUCCAUAUUGGUACCAGCAAACAAAUCGAUUAAAAGUUCGACUUCAUUAAUGAAUGAUGUGACGUCGUCUGUGUUAUCUCCUCGGAACUCCUGGAUUCUCGCUGCUUCUUUCAGUGCUUCCGAUAGUGGUAAUUGAUAAGUUGAAUUGUUAGGUGGCAAAUGACAAGUUGCAGCAGAUGGAGUUUGAUUUGCUGCAGCUGAUAUUGGUGCUUCUACUGACACUGCGGAUGUGGAUGCUUGCUCUAUUUUAUGUGCUUCCAUUUUAAUGUUUUUUUGUUGUUGUAUAGUUUAAAGAUGUUUUGUAGCGAAUACGUCAGAAUUCUUCUAUACACUUUUACUGCUUGGUUAAAUUUUAACAGUAUAGUAUAUAUUUUCACUUCCCAAUUUUUAGCGUAAGUUUUUUUUUUGUUCUUUAUUUAAAUUUUCCGUUAAAUAUAUGAAUUUUGCGUUUGUAAUUAAAGUUUUUUGUUUCUUCACAGCUUCACACAGUUUUUUAUUUUUUUUCACUUCACCACCGUGUCCAGCGAAAGUAAUGCUGAAUGUUCAUCAAUAAUGAUUCAAUAAAGUUUUGGUUGAAUAUCCUUGUGGAUAUCGAUAGUAGGUACUUUUUGUUAUUUUUCUUCAGAAAAAAUAACUCUUCGACUGCGCCAGUUAAGUGUGUAGAGCCAAGAUUCAAUAAAAACACAAAUUUGUUAUAAUUAACUGCACUCUACUUUAUUGGUUCCUCAGAACUGACUUGAAAAUGUGAAUAUCACUACUAUUUAUAAUAAUUAAAAUUAUAAAGCUGUUAUACUGUAACAUGUUGUGUAUUUGUUUGUGUACGUGG